AUGGAGCAAAGAGGAAAGGGCACUGUGACAUCUCUUGCAUCUUUAAUCUCAGUAGAAGAAGCCCAAAAGGCAGUAAAGACAGUAGAGGGUUCCAUUGCAGAACACCAAAAGGAGUUGGACCAUAUUUGUCACUUCAUUUCUGAAAACAACAAUCUAAUCCAUCUUGUUUAUAAACUUCCUGAUGAACUCCAUCAUGCUAUCAUGGUUCCAUUUGGAAAAGCAGCGUUCUUCCCUGGUCGUUUAGUUCACACUGAUGAGUUCAUUGUGCUGUUAGGAGAAGAGUAUUAUGUGCAACGAACAUCGAAACAAACAGUGGGGGUUUUACAAAGAAGAGGAGAAGUUUUGGAUUCCCAAGUUGAGUCCCUUAAGGCAAUGAUGUUGGACACCGCUGAAGCUGCUGAAGAUACAUCCAAUUCUUCUAAAGUGCAGAAUGUGGAAGUUGCUGGUGAAGACGAGGAAUAUGCUCGUAUUGUGUCCAGGUUAAACGGUCUUGAGCAAGAAGAACUUGAAGCUGAAGACGAGGAUACGAACUUUGGAUGCUGGAUAGAUGAGCAUUCUUUCGAGCAGCUCAAAAUCUCUGAAGGACGUCAACAUGGGAAGAGUUCUUUGAAGAAAAAUAGUAGAAAUCUGAGUCAAUCCCAGCAAAAUUCUGCUGAGUGGUUAACUGUUGAAAAUUUGAUUAUGCAACAACAUCCUGAAGAUAAUUAUUUGAAUAGAGAAAGUUUACCGCGGAGGAGAACUUCCAACCUACAGAGUCAUUGCAAUCUGAAAAGGAGAAAGCUCAAGAAGUGA